AUGCUGCUGGCUAUGCUGCUGCUGCUGCUGCCCCUCCCAGACCCAUGGUCUGCCCAUGGGCACCCGCUGUACAUGCACCUGCCCCCCAGCACCCUGCAAGCUUUGUCGGCCCAGGGGACAAAGGCAUUGCAGGCCGCCCGGAGGAGCGCCCGGUGGGCCGUAAAUCUAGUGGCGAUGGAGAUCCAGCAUAGAUUGCAUGAGUGCCAAAGUUCAGGACCUGGGCACCCCCUGCUCCAGGACCCACCUGAGCCAGGGCCAUGUGGCGAGAGGCGCCCGGGGAAGGUCAAUGUGACGCAGGCCGCUGGCCGCAUUGUGGGGGGGCCCAGCGGCCCCCGGGGGGAGCAAGCGGAGGAGGUGCCGGUGAACCGCAUCUUGUGCCACCCCCAGUUUGACCUGCGGACCUUUCACAACGACCUUGCCCUGGUGCAACUGUGGACGCCCUUGAGCCCGGGAGGGGCGGCGCGCCCCGUGUGUCUGCCCCAGGGACCCCGGGAGCCCGCCGCCGGUACCGCCUGCGCCAUCGCAGGCUGGGGGGCCCUUUUCGAAGAUGGGCCUGCGGCUGAGGCGCUGAGGGAGGCCCGCGUGCCCCUGCUCAGCGCAGACACGUGCCGAAGGGCCCUGGGGCCCGGGCUUCGCCCCAGCACCAUGCUCUGUGCCGGUUACCUGGCCGGGGGCAUCGACUCAUGCCAGGGCGACUCUGGAGGCCCCCUCACCUGUUCUGAGCCGGAGCCCCGCCCCAGAGAGGUCCUGUAUGGAAUCACCUCCUGGGGGGACGGGUGCGGGGAGCCAGGGAAGCCAGGGGUCUACACCCGCGUGGCCGUGUUCAGGGACUGGCUGCAGCAGCAGAUGAGCGCCUGCGUCUUCCCAGGAUCCCCGGCUGCAGGGACCGGAUUCCCGAAGCGGAGGCCAGAGCAGCGCGGAGACACGCGCGACUGCCCUGGCCUGGAGCCCCUGCGGCAGAAGUUGGCCACCCUCCAGGACACCCAUGCCUGGAUCCUUCAGGUCCCCCCAGAGCACCUGGCCAUGGACUUCCAGGAGGUCCUGGCCGAUCUGAGCUCCAAGACGAUAACAGGGCUCUUCCGAGCCUGGGUUCGAGCUGGCUUGGGGGACCGGCAUGUGGUCUUUGGGGGCCUGGUGGGCCUGGAGCCGGCCACACUGGCUCGAAGCCUUCCCCGGUUGCUGGCGCAGGCCCUGCAGGCCUUCCGCUUGGCUGCUCAGGCCAAGGCAGAGCCCCAGGGAGCCUGGAUGGGCGCAAGGCAAAGCCAGGAGCUGGGGGGGAAGGGGCACCACCCACUGGGCCCUCAGGUUCCUCCAGCCAGACAGCCAUGAGCCAUGUCUGGACCCCCAGCCUCUGGUUAGGACCUACUGCUCCCAGGGCCUGGGAGGGUUCAGGGAGCACAAUGACAAACUGUCACUGCUGCAGUUGCUCAGAUGUGUGGGGUGGGGUGGGGGUCCUGGGCCCUGGGCCCCUCGUGUCUUCCCAGAUGUGUCAUCAGAAAAUCACAGUUGCUUUAAUAAAUGUUAUUUAUGAUGUA